AAUGUGUUUCCCUAUACAGAGAACAGGGCCAAAUCUGCACUUCCCAAAACUUCUUAACCCACUUCCUAGAUGCCUGGGAAGCACGGAUCUAGCAGCCCUGGCCGCACAGACAAUGGCCUCGCAUCGCGUGAAAGGAUACAGGGUCUUAUACGGGUCGUGCUGAUUCUAGCUGCUAGCCACGCUGAACUGGACUGAGCCCAGCGGCCCCGUCAGAGGUUAUAUCAACAUUGUUUCACAUAAACCAGAUCCUAGCUAAACAUUAACUAUGGCUUACCACAGAAAACUGCUCUUACCAACUGACAUAACAAGAUGGCAGUUUUGCUUCACCUUUUGAUUAAAAAAAACAAAAAACUGUGCUCGCAAAAGAAAAGGCCCCCUCCAACACAACAGCUCUAUGUUUUUUCGCAAACACGGUAAAAAAAAACAAACAAAAAAAACGUCGCCGAGCCGGUUCAGAAAUCAGUCCUCCUGCCUCCUCAGCCAGCCCUUAAAUUAAUAUUUACUUUUUAAACUUCUUUGUUCGCGAGCUGUGAAGGUGAACCAGUACACGACCCGGUGGUUUCUUAGCCCUCGUUUCUUUCCUGACGGGAGUCAACGGGGCCUAGUCACGACGCCAACCGUUUGAUUUGCCCUCUCGUGUCCCUGACCCGUGUCUGCCGGUGGCUGUACACGCAGGGGGAGCCCGGCGCCCCAGCACACUUACUGGGUGAGAGUGAAACUGCUGCCCUCGGUUACUGUCGGGAGUGACCACAGGCAAUAUUUAUGCUGCCUAAACCGAAUGAAUUAGCACGCCAGGACCAUUAACCAACCUGUUUGUACCAAUACAUGAAGAAAUGCAUCCGGUUGUCAUUAUGGAUAAUAGCCAUUGUAUAUUCCUAGCCUCCCUUUCUGUUGUAUUCAGCAACUUUUGCCUAAAAAUGAAUUAAAAGCUCAGUUACAUGGCUCAUCCACAUUUUAAUGUCUUCACCCUGCCAACCUUGCACAUAUAAUCCCUAUACCUACACUUGCUCAAAGACUAAAUAAUCUGUUGUUUGCCGAUGGGUUAUUCUCUUGAAAAAAAAAAAUCUAUGUAUAUUAAAUUGUGGGUUCAAUUUAAACUGCUGCACCUAUAGCCCUCCUCUCUCAGGAUAAAACGUUAACCAGUUACAACCACUUCAGUGAUUUGGUCAAAGUUGAAACGGACAUCGCGAGUGAAGUUUAGAAAAUGGGUUCUGUGAUGUAAGAGCUUCCGUGCGGUCCGUGAAGGCAGCAGCGGUUUUCCAGGGAGUGGCCCCUGCACCUGUCCGACCUGUUUCGGGGGACACAUGACUACGGAGGAAUUUCCCCCGCCGCACUCGUCCUUUGUUUAACGGACUCUUGCUAGUGGGAGACCGAGGGGGAGAGGCAGAAGAGAGGGGGAGACAGAGAGAAGAGAGAGGGUGACACAGAGAUGUCGGAACCAGCCACUAAUCCCGCUGCCACCUCGUUCCCAGCGCCAACUAUUUCUCUACCUUUGGGACUGGAAGUACUGAGGACUUACUCUGGAGCCCUUGUCUGUUUAGAAAUAUUAUUUGGUAGUUUAGUAUGGAUCCUGGUGGCUUCCUCCAAUGUGCCCGUGCCUCUGCUGCAGGGCUGGGUGAUGUUUGUCUCCCUCACCACCUUCUUCCUUUCCUCUGCCUACCUCGCGCUCCUCAUCACCGGCCUGGCUGACCGCAUCAACACUGACUGGAACUUCUUGGAUGUGGUUUACCAUUUCAUAGCUUUGCUCUUCUACUUUGCUGCCUUCGUGUUGGAGGCAGCAACUACAGCAGCAAAUGGAGGAGCUUACAUCAAGCCUCUGCCUAACAGCACUGAAACUGUCCUGUGUAUAACCUACCCUCGAGGCAACAUAUUCACAGUCCUGAAUGACAAGCAGUACAGUAUUAAUGUGGCAGCCACGAUAUUUGCAUUUGUGGUGACACUAUGCUACAGCUGCAGUAUGGUGAUGGGCUUCAAGAGGUGGAGGAUGUAACGAACAACACAAACUAAUUUUACAAAUGCUUCAUAACUUCGGCAUGUAUCAAAACAUCUCAACACCUUCCAAAGCUCCAUAGAGUGCACCGCUGCUCAGUUCAGUUCAGUGCAAACUACAUUAUUUCCUGAUGGGAAACUUCUGUCAGCAAGCGAUCACAACAUCAGAGCUACACUGGGAAAGUGUAAAUGAUAAAAUUUCACAUCUGUCAAGGUUUAUGGGCAAUAAUAAUUCUAAAGGAAUUCAUUUUCUGAGACACUGACAGGAUUGGUUUCAAGGAGAUUCAGUCUUGGCUGUUGAGAACAGCAUUAAAGAAUAGCAGUUAUUGUCCAGUUAGCACCAUAUGAAUUUUAUUCCCCUGCUGCUAACCUGAUGAUUUCAGUUUCGCAAGCUUUCCUUAACACUGCCAGGAAAAUCUGUGAGAAGUUAGGGAAAGUUGUGCUUUUUGGGGCUAUACAGGGUAAUUUUGCGAGAUGUAAGUGAUGCCUCUGACAGUUAUGGUUUCGUUUUUUUUCCCCACUUUGUUAAUCAUACAGAUAUUGCUCCAUUUCCUGAGUCACACCCUCACUGGAGGAAAUAUUUCCCAUUUCCAUUCUCACAAAAACACAUCCAUUUAUGCUGCUAGAAGAAUAUGCACAGCAGGACAUUAAUGUGAUGGGGUGAUUUUUUUGUUUUUGUUUUAUUUUUAUUUUUUUAUGGAAAGGCCCUGAAAUGCAAAGUGAUCGUUUUCACUGUCCUCCAGUUACCUUGGUGCUAAGGAGCUACAAACUCACUCUAGAUUUAACAUGAUAAUAAUGGCCACAUUUUUAUUAACUUUUUAUGUAAAAUGUGAGUUGAUCUGAUAUUUGAAGUUUUGAUUACUUAUGAGCACUUUUUGUUAAAUUUUCUCAGUAUAUCGGGCAUAACCGUUUUCCACAAUAUUGUAACUCUUGUGCUACUCAGUCAAUAUUUAUCACUUAAUAGUAUCUUUCACUGUUUCAACUUUCUGAGUGCAGUCCUGUGUGGCUAACUCCGGUGAUUUACUGAUAAAUAUAACGUGACCAAGGGCUGGGUUAAAUACAUUUGUCAUUGAUUCUGGUGAGUUCUACUACAAAAUAAUCAUUCAAUCUGAGCAUCAGUAAAAAUGCUUUGUUAGAUACUAUAUUUCAAACAGUAAUCAGUGGAUUUUUUUAAAUAUAUAUGUUUUAAGUAGUAUGUUUUUAGUGUUUGAGCAUUAUUGUAACUGUAUGGAUACAUCAUUAAAUUGUCCAAAUCAUGUUUUAUUAGUUGUAUUUAUUGUA